UUUUACUCUAAUAAUAUUUUUGUUUAUGCGUAUUCAACUAAUCAAAAUUAUUAUUUUAUAUAGACUGAGUAACAAGUGGUACUAUUGUAAACAAAUUUAAUUAUUAAUUUAAAAUUCAUUAAAUAUAACAGUUGUUGUUCCUACACGUAGAAGUCAAAAGCUAUAAAUGUGGUGAUUUUAGAUAUAAUUUUCAAAACAACAAGUUGGUUAUGUCUGUAGUAUUGGAUGAUCAAUAUGAAGUCACUAUAAAUCCUUUCUAUAAACCACACGAACCUAGUGAUUAUCAACCAUUUAAAACAACUGUGUAUGUAUGUGCUAUUUUUGCUGUAGCUAUAAUAGCCCUUAACGUUUUUUUCUGUUGUUUUUCUAAACACCGAAAAUAUUGGAGAAAUAGUGAAUCUGGUAACCGAUAUAUAUUACCAAUUUGGAUUAAGACACCAGCUAAACAAGCACCAUUAGACCUAAAAGAACUCGAAACUAACUUUUCACAAACUAAACCUGUGUAUGACUCUAGUGUACCUCAAGAAUUUGUUGAACUUCAUAAGAAAGAAAGUGACAUUUAAAAAAAAUAUAAUAUGUUUUAUAUAUUUUAUCCAUUAAUAUUUUUGCUAACCAUCAUUGUAUUGGCAUUCAUAAUCACCCUAGUAAGGUAUGGUGAACAAUUUUGUUCUAUUCACAAAAAACAUGCUGUACACAAUGAUAAUCAUGGGGGGUAUCGAGAAGAAAUAUCCUAUGUUUAAUAAUGUAAGAUUGAAUUGUAGUGCCAACAUGUAGUUUAACAUUUUUUAUUGUGUCCAAUAAGUGGACUAUAGUAAUAUAGUAAUUAUACAAUAAUUAAUAUUCUAAUCACAUAGACUACUUACAUAGAAGUAUUAUUUUCAAAAAUAUUCUAUUUUACUGUAAUAAAUUUUGAUAACAAAGACAAAUUUUAUACAAUGAUAAUUUCUUUGUUAAGCUUAAAACUAAAAUUUUCACAUUUUUCAAAUUGUCGUUAUUUGAUGCCUCUGGUCUGAAAAAUUAAGAUAAAUUAUUAUGUUAAGUAUUUACAUUUAUUUGAACAAACAUUUUAAUAUUAAAAAAUUUCAAAUAUCAUAAAAUUAUUUUUUAAUUAAAUAAUAUCAUAUUCACAUACUUACAUUUUAAUGUUAACUAUAAUUUGAGCGUAUUCUAAAUGGUACAAUUAAUGACCACAUGUAAACAAAUCCGUCCAUGUUGUGAUUAUUAAUUUAUUGCUUUAUAUUAAGUAAUUUAUACUGAUAAUUAGAUUAUUAUAACAAUAUAAAAUUAAGUAAUUAACAAAAUUGUAUAACAUUAUGUUUAAUUAUAAUAUUGCUAUUUAAAUAGUCUGAAAUUUUAUAUUUAUCUAUUUUAAAUAAUAUAAUUUUGUAUUGUCAUUUAUUUUUAUUUUAUGUUCCACAACAUAUUUUUAAUGUAAUUAAUUUUUUAAUAAAUUAUAUUUAUUUAUCUUA